CGACAAAAAAACAUAGGUGACAGAGGAAAGAAGAUUCAAGGUUUAGUGUGGAGAGAAGUGUUUCUUUCCGCCAUCUCCGAUCCGAAGCAAAGCUUAUGCAAACGUAGUUCUCGCCCUUUUCUGGUUCUCCUUUCCCCUCCCUCCCCAACGACACCCCAUCAAAUCAAAAUCCAAUCUCAUAUACAUACAUACAUACAUACAUACACAACAUCUACUUACAGUUACAACUAAACUAGAGAAAAAAAGAAAUCUGUAAUUAACAAACAGAUCCAUUUCUCUCUCCUUCAAAAAAUCUCGCUUCUCUUCAAUUUUCGGCCAAUACCCUUCAAAACCCUAAUCCUCUAUCUCCUAUGUUCCGCCCCGUUUUUUCCAUUUCUGGGAUGAUGUAUUUACAUUUGGGCCUCUAUCUGUGCAUGCUUUCCGUGUGCUGCUCUGCGACUAUGUCGUCUUCUUAUUCCUUCGCGUCGCGCCGUUCGAUCCUUCGAGAGGUUAACGACAAAGGCAAAAGUGGUGGUGGUGAUCAUCCCGAUUAUGCCGUUGAGCUGAACGCCACGAAUUUCGAUGCUCUUCUCAAGGACACCCCUGCUACUUUCGCCGUUGUUGAAUUCUUUGCCCAUUGGUGCCCUGCGUGCAGAAAUUAUAAGCCUCACUACGAAAAGGUCGCCAGAUUAUUUAAUGGACCUGAUGCAGUGCAUCCAGGAAUCGUAUUAAUGACAAGGGUUGAUUGUGCAUCAAAGAUAAAUACUAAGCUAUGUGAUAAGUUUUCUGUUGGUCAUUAUCCUAUGCUUUUUUGGGGCUCUCCUUCUAAAUUUGUGGGUGCUGGUUGGGAACCUAAACAAGAGAAAAGUGAUAUACGUGUGAUUGAUGAUGCACGCACUGCUGAUCGGUUGCUUAAUUGGAUCAACAAGCAAUUAGGCAGUUCAUUUGGCCUGGAUGAUCAGAAAUUUCAAAAUGAGCUUCUUUCAUCCAAUGUAUCAGACCCUGGGCAGAUUGCAAGAGCUAUCUAUGAUGUCGAAGAGGCAACUUCUACAGCUUUUGACAUCAUCUUAGAGCACAAGAUGAUAAAACCGGGAACUCGUGCUUCACUUAUAAAGUUUCUUCAGCUUUUAGCAGCUCAUCAUCCUUCUAGGAGAUGCCGGAAGGGUACUGCUGAAUUUCUUGUGAGCUUUGAUGACUUGUACCCAACAGAUUUUGGGUCAACUAAUAAGCAGGAAGAUGAUAAGAGUUCAGUUAGGAACCUAAAGAUUUGUGGAAAAGAUGUGCCUCGUGGAUACUGGAUGUUCUGCCGUGGCAGUAAGAAUGAAACCAGAGGCUUUAGUUGUGGUUUAUGGGUUCUUCUGCAUUCACUCUCUGUGAGGAUUGAUGAUGGAGAGAGCCAGUUUACAUUUAAUGCAAUAUGUGAUUUUGUUCACAACUUCUUCAUCUGUGAGGAAUGCCGACAACAUUUCUAUAAGAUGUGUUCAAGCGUUUCUAGUCCUUUCAACAAAGCCCGUGACUUUGCUCUCUGGUUGUGGAGUUCCCAUAACAAGGUAAACGAGAGAUUGAUGAAAGAAGAAGCAUCCCUAGACACUGCUGACCCCAAAUUCCCAAAGACAAUUUGGCCACCGAAGCAGCUUUGCUCUUCCUGUUAUGUAAGCUUUGACCAGAGGAACAACAAAAUGGAAUGGAACCAAGAUGAGGUCUUUAAGUUUUUGACUGAUUACUACGGUAAAAUGCUAGCAUCUCUGUACAAGGACAGGAGUAUUGUCGGAAAUGACGGAAGGGAAGGAGCUGUUGAAGAAUUAAUAGUAGCAACUAAUGCAAUUGUGGUGCCUGUGGGAGCUGCAUUGGCUAUUGCUGUUGCUAGCUGUGCUUUUGGAGCACUUGCUUGCUACUGGCGUUCACAGCAAAAGAGUCGGAAGUAUUUUCACCACCUACACUCUUUAAAGAACAUUUGAUAAUUAGGAGGGCCUAGAAGAACGUUUUAGUAGGAAUUGUAGACAAGUACACUUCAAGGCAUGAGGUGCAUAGCAGCUUUCAUAGGCAUCCAAUUAUUAUGGUCUCACUCCAAAGAGUCUUGCAAAAGUUCCUUUUUGAAUCUAUCCUUAAUAGAAUGUACAGAAUACAAUUCUUGAUUUGGAGACCAUUACUGAUCUGUGCUAUUUUCUUUCACUUUUUUGGCGUUGAGUUCACAUCUACUAUACAACCUAGGAAUUUGGGGUAAAGGAGCACAUGACAUGUAACAUUUUUGUUUUGUAAUUUGGGAUUAUUUUUUCAAUAUCAAAGUAACUGUAUAAGCUAUAAAGCAUGAAUUACAUUAUUGUCUGGUUCACUUUUACUGAACAUUUGAAUGAAAUCACAAAAGUCUAAAAGAUUUUCAUUU